AUGUCUGAAUUGGAUGAUUUAUUAAAUGAGAUGUUAGCAGAAUCAGAGGCUGCAUUAAAUGGUCAAUCAACAAUAAAUUUAAACAACAACAACAGCAACAACAACAAUAAUAAUAAUAAUAAUGGUAAUUCUGCAACAAAAAUAUCAUUUCAAGAGCAAAUGCCAAAUGGAAAUGGAAAUAGUUCAACAACAACCACAACAGCAGCCCAACAAUCAGCAACAGAGAAAAGAAAAUCAAGAUUAUCACAACAUCCAAGUAAUUUAAAUGAAGGAGGAUUUGAUUAUUUAGAUACACUCUUAAAUGAUAUGAGUGAUGAGUCAAUUAGAAAUUCAAUUAAAACUGAUAAUUCUAGAAUCAAAUCUUUAAGACUCACCUCAACCUUUGAUUUAGAAUCAACUUUAAAAGAUUUAGAAGAAACUUUUAUGAAAGAUAGUUCAAUUCAAAAUAAAAGAAAACCAUCUUCAUAUUUAUCUAAAAAUUUAUCACCACCUUCAAAUCCAUCAAAUAUAAUUAGUAAUAAUAAUGCUUCAACAUUACCACUACCACCACCACCAUCACAACAAGAUGAUGUAGUAAUAAUUGCAAAAUUACCACCACCUGUUUCAAUUUCUUUACCUCCACCACCAACAACUGAGGAAUUACCAUUACCACCACCAUCAACUGAAGAAUUACAAUUACCACCACCACCACCAACAACAACAACAGCAGAUGAACAAAUAUUAACAGAUAGUGUAAAGAAUGGUAAUCCAAUAUUAAAGAGAGUUUCAUCAGAAAGAGCAAUUAUUUUAACUAAAGAAGCAAUUGAUGCAGCAGAUUUAUUAGAUGAAAUGAUUGAAUCAUUUGGAGGUAUACCAGAACCAAAUGGUAAUAAUAGUUUACCAAAAGAGAUUAAAACUACAUCAAUACCAACACCAAUUGUAACACCAUCAACCACUACCUCUACUAAUACAACUACAGCAGCAACAGUUAAUAAAUUAAAUGCUAGUAAAUCACCAAAUGGUACAUUAACAACUAGACCAGCAGCAAAACUUGGUGCACCAGUUGAUAUUCAAGUAUCAUCACCAAAAGCACCAACACCAAUACCAACAUUAUCAUCACCAUCACCAUCACAAUCAGCAGCACCACAACCAGCAGCACCACAACCAACACCAACAUCACAACCACAACCACCAACAACAACAGUAUCAACACCUGUAUCACCAACAUUCAAAGAUUCAGAUCAAUUAUUAGAUGAUAUGAUUUCACAUUUUAAAGAGAGUAAUUCAAAUCUAUUAACAUCUUCAAGUAAUCUUGACCCAUCAGCUCCAAAAGUUGUUUAUACAUCACAACAAUUCUAUCCAUUAUCAGUUGAAGAACAAUCAUUACAAUCAAAAGUAAAAGUACAAUUAACACCUGAUGAACAAGUUAUUCAAAAGAUUUUAGGUAAUAAUGAUUUAGAUGAUGAUAUUACAAAUAAAAAUAAUGAUAAUAAUAGCAAUGGUAAUAAUAAUAAUAAAGAAUUAAUUGAUGAACAGAAUCAAAUUGAACAACAACAAUCAGAUAAAUCAUGGUAUAUUAAAGCACAACCAUCAGAUAUUAUUGGAUCAGGUAAUAAUGGUACAACACAAAGAGCAGGUAUUCAUAAGGAUAAGAGAAUAGUGAUGAAACAAUGGAAUUUCAUAACAUCACAAGCGACACCAAUGUUAUUCAAUGAGAUUGAGCAAUUGGUAGCAAUUAAACAUCCAAAUAUUUUAGCAUUGGCAGGAGCAUCAUUUGACAAUCAAACAUUCACCACCUUUACAGAGUAUAUCACUGGUAGCAAUUUAGAUAUCGUCAUAAAGAAUUUAGAUGAGAAGAAUGAACUUCAAUUAAUUCUUAGACUAUCGGAAGAGAUUGCUUCGGCCAUGUCAUUCCUUCACUCUUUUAAUAUCGUUCAUAGAUCAUUGCAUCCAAAGAAUAUUCUAUUGAAUUCAGAUUUGAAGAUCUAUAUCAAAGAUUAUGGUUUCACUUCAUUGAAGGAUGAAACUUUGAAAAAGAAGUUUAUGUCUUUUCAAUUAAAGAAUCAAUUAUUACACACCCAAUACCUUGCACCAGAGCUAUUCAAUGUUUUGUCAGGUUCAAAGGGUGGUUACGAUACAAAGGUUGAUGUUUUCAGUUUUGGUGUUUUACUUUGGGAGAUGUUCGCUCGUGAUAUUAAAUUAUCCGAUCUAAAGAGUAACACUGUCAAUGGUUAUACUCAUUAUCUUAGACCACCUUUACCAAAUUGUCCAUUCACAAUUGAAAAAUUAAUUAAACUUUGUUUAUCAACUGAUCCAUCCGUUAGACCAACUUUUACAACAAUUUUAAAAAUUUUAAGACAACCAUUACAUACAAUUCAAAGAUUUAAUAAACCAACACAACAACAACAACAACAACAACAACAAGAUCAACAACAACAACAACCAGAACAACAAUUAACAUCAUCAACUUCAUCAACUUCUACUCAAGAUUCAUUAGUUUCACAAGAACAAGUUGAAGAAAAAAUAAAGAAUGAAAUGAAUAAUCUUUUAAAUCCAAAUAAAAGAUUUAAUGAAUCAUUGGAUCCAGAAAAGAGAGUAAAAAUUGAAAAGAUUGCAAAUGUUGUAAAGGAUUUAAUUAGUCAACCAACUUUAUUGAAUUUACAUAGAGCAAGUCAAACCAUUGAUCAACUUUGUAAAAAUGUUGAAAAUAUUGAAUAUCUAUUGGAGGCAGAUUUCGUACCUUUAAUCUUCCAAUUGAUGGAUCAGCCCUAUGAUGAGAUUCAAUUAUCAUGUUUAAAACAAUUUUCAACAUUAAUUGAACACAAUGAAGAGAUUAUGAAUUUGUUUAGAAAUUUAUUGGGUAUCAAUAUCUUAAUGGAGACUUUGAAUUCACAAAAAGAGAAUAUCCUCUUCAUUACCCUACGUCUACUAUCACAAUUAUCAAAUGGUGCUGACCGUGAAGAGAAUAGAGAGCAAAUCCUCAUCAAAGGUGGUAUUCCACUAUUAAUCAAUCUAUUAUCUCAUCAGAAUGAAUUGAUUAGAUUGCAAAUUCUUUGGUGUUUAACAUUACUUUUAGAGUCAAAUUCUGUACAGGUUGAAUUUGUCAAAUUGGGUGGCGUAAAUCAAUUGUUGGAUAUGAUGGUACAUUCAAUUAAUAGUGGUUUCGAUUUACGUGUCGCUUCUGCACUUGCAAGAGUUAUCUCUUUGAAAUCCGUUCAAGAUCAAAUUAAUCUCGGUCAUUAUCGUGAAAGAGUUGUAAAGAAAUAUCUCUCCCUAUUGGGUGAUACUCAAUUCGAAGCAUUAAGAAUGUUGGGUUUAGAAGCAAUCGCUUGUUUAGUCUCAAAUAAAGAUAGUCAAUUCAUCUUAACUGCUUCAAAUAUUGUAGAUUUAUUAUUAUCUUAUUUAGAUCCAAAUUCAACUUCAAUGGCACCACAAAUGACUGCUUUAAAAAUCAUUUUGGUUUUAUCUGUAAAUCCAAUUCAUAUUCCAUAUUUAAAAUCAUCAAAUAUUAUUGAACCACUUCAAUACCUUAAAUCUUCGCCACACCCAUCAAUUCAAAAAGCUGUUGAAAAAAUAUUAAUGUUGGUAUCAUCAAAAUAA